AUGGCGAACAUAGAAGCUGAAGCAAUCGAUUUCGAGCCAGAGGAGGACGACCUCAUGGACGAAGACGCCGGAGCAGAUGAUGUCUCCCCUCGCGCUGGGCAACCGAGGCUUAGGUCAGCUAUCGCCGGAGCAAACGACGAAUCAGCGAAUAGGAAGACCAAAGGCCGUGGCUUUCGCGAGGAGAAAGAUUCCGAUCGCCAGCGCCGCCUUUCCUCCCGCGAUUUCGAGUCCCUCGGUUCCGAUGGCGGGCCUGGCCCACAACGAUCCAUUGAGGGGUGGAUAGUUUUGGUCACUGGAGUUCAUGAGGAGGCACAGGAGGAUGAUAUAUCCAAUGCUUUUGGUGAUUUUGGGGAGAUUAAGAGUUUGCAUCUCAAUCUUGAUCGACGUACUGGUUUUGUCAAGGGCUAUGCAUUGAUAGAAUACGAGAAGAGUGAAGAGGCGCAGAGUGCUAUAAAAGCAAUGAAUGGUGCUGAGAUUCUUACAAAGAAUGUCAGCGUUGACUGGGCCUUCAGCAAUGGACCCAACAAUGGUGGAUCUUACAGGAGAAGGAACAUGAGUCAGUUCUUACAAGUAUCAAAGGUCCGGCAGGUCACAACGUUCCCGAAGCCCUAG